UUCCAGCGGACUCUCCUCGCCGCACCACCAACUUGUCACCAAAGAUGGCGAUUUGCUGAGUGCUCAUGGAUACACACAUUUCUCGGCUAGUUGUUAUCUCGCCCGAAACGCCGACUUUAAAAGCAAACUAACUGCCCAGCGAGCGACCUUUUCUCCCAAUUGAAGCACAUCGGACGCAGCGCCAGCCGCCGCUACCAUGCAGAUCACGCUGAAAACCCUGCAGCAGCAGACUAUUCAGAUCGAGAUAGACCCCGAACAAACGGUGAAGGCCUUGAAAGAGAAGAUAGAAGCAGAAAGAGGAAAAGACAACUUUCCUGUAUCGGGGCAGAAGCUGAUAUACGCUGGGAAAAUCUUGCAGGAUGACACGCCAAUUAAGGACUACAAAAUUGAUGAGAAGAAUUUUGUUGUAGUGAUGGUGUCCAAGGCUAAGCCCUCAGCUGCAGCCUCGCCGCCCGUCUCAGAAGCGCCCAAGCCCCCUGUACAGGAUUCCGGCUCGACAUCAACAGCUGCCCCGACCACAAACCCAGCUUCAGCCCCAGCCCCAACCCCAGCAGCUGUCCCCAUUCCUCCCGAGGAGGCCAAACAGGAGCCAAGUUCCGCAGCCACAGAACCACAACAACCAGCCAGCUCCAGUGGCGGGAGUCAGGGCUUGGAUGCUUCCUCAGCGCUUGUGACUGGAGCCGAGUACGAGGCGAUGCUGACAGAGAUCAUGUCUAUGGGCUAUGAAAGGGAGCGAGUGGUGGCGGCGCUACGGGCCAGUUUCAACAACCCCCACAGAGCUGUGGAGUACCUCCUCACCGGUAUCCCCAGCAGCCCAGUGCAGGAAAGUAAUCCUCCUGCGCAGGCUCCCGCAUCUGGACCCACAGAAGCCCCAUCUCUAGCAGAAGGAGAGAACCCACUUGCAUUCCUGCGGACUCAGCCCCAGUUCCUGCACAUGAGACAGGCCAUCCAGCAGAACCCCGCUCUGCUACCGGCUCUUCUCCAGCAACUAGGCCGGGAGAACCCUCAGCUUCUACAGCAAAUCAGUCAGCAUCAGGAGCUGUUCAUCCAGAUGUUGAACGAGCCGGUGGGUGAGGGGGGAGACGCACCGGAGGUCGGAGAGAUGGGGGCAGCGGGGGAGGAGGGCGCCCCCGUCAACUAUAUCCAGGUUACACCUCAGGAGAAGGAAGCCAUUGAAAGGUUAAAAGCGUUGGGUUUCCCUGAGGCUCUGGUGAUCCAGGCCUACUUCGCCUGCGAGAAGAACGAGAACCUGGCGGCCAACUUUCUCCUCAACCAGGGACUGGAAGACGACUGAACGGCGGAGGAUCACUGCCUUCCUCCUCCUCCCCUCCUGCCCUCCCCCCUCUUCUCUAGCUCAGCAUAAAAGACUGCACCCCUGAAGUUUUACUGUACAGCUACCAACCUCAGCUCAACCCAACAGGAGGGGGAGGAGGGGGAGAGCCAGCGGAGGGGUGGGGGGGGUGGCAGGGCGGCGGGGUGGGAAGGGGAGACGGGGUGGGUUUAGGUUCAAAAGUACACAAAGGCCGUGUGCAGGAAGGUCAGCGUAUGGGUGGAAACAAGAAAACAAGAGUGGAAGAAUUAUAAAAUCCACGUGAAUUCCAAUGGAAUGUGUGGGGUUUGUUUAGGGGAGAUCUAUAAUUUGAUUUUAGACGCGCUUUGUGAACAUUUAGGGAAAGGGGGAGGCGGGGAGGGAGGGAUGGGUGAGGGUCUGCAGCGAGAGUGUGUGCUCAUGUCUGCGUGUGUGUCCGUGUAUGCCUGUGCAGGUGGAUGCGAUACAGUUUAAGCUGAAAAAAAAAACACAAAAAGUUAAUCGAUCUUGCAUUCUCUAAGUUUGUUAAUGCUGUAGCUGGAUUGUAUGGAAGCACAUUCUCCCCCACUGCACUUCGACAACAUUAUCAGUGUGUGUGCGUGCUUGUGUGUGUGUGUGUGUAACUGCUUGUGUGUACCUCUGUAAGCCUCACUUAUGUACGUCCAUGAAUGAAGUCGGCAGUUGGACUGGACCGUGCUGCCCUCUUUUUUUCUAUGUGUCUGACAUGAUGUUUGCUGGGGGUCUAUCAGGCGAAACGGGAACUAAACUGACAAACAAAUAUCUGGUUACUCUGUUCUCCACUUUGUACCGCCCCUCAUCUGUUCUGGCUAAGCUAUGGUAGCUCCUGGUGCUAACUAACACUACCGAUAAACAUGAAGAUCUUCUCUUACAGUUUAGAAACAACAACACAGGGAGCCGCCACGUGUCGCUGAGGUCAGUUUAAUCUACAAUAAAUGCAGAGACGGCAACAGAAAUGCUUUAACCCUCCUGUUGUGUUCAUUUCUUGAGAACAGCAAUGGCGUUUCAGGGGCACGUUUAAUUACCCAGAAGUGCCAGAAACAAAAAAAAUCCAAAUAAACAUUGUUUAUAUCUCAUUAACUCCAUUACUAAUCAUUUCAAUCAAUGUUUAGUGAAUUGGUGUUCUUUAUCUCUCACAGAUCACGGUUCAAUCACUCACUUUUCAAAGCUUUUUUUAAUGUACACUGGAAAGACCUACAUAUAAUUGAUUGAUGCAUCAGAAUUUUUUUUUUUAUUUUAUUCCUCAUUUAGAAUUUUUUUCUUUUUUUGGAGCAAAUUCACACAAGACACCUCUUCUGUUGAGGGUCAAAUUGACCUGCCGACUUAAAAUCAGCUUUAUUUAAGCACUGUUUUUGAACCAGAAAUAUGUGCAAUGAACCUUUUUAUGUGUUGAUUACACUUACUAAGCCAGGCAGAGGAAGUUUCAUACUGAAAAACAUACUUUUUAAAAAAGAUUUCCUUAAAAUGGGUCAAUUUGACCUGCAACAUAACAGGAGGGUUAAAAUUUAUUCUGGCAGGUUUAUCUUCAACACGGCUCUUCAUACAUUUGACCCACUGUGGGGCAGAAGUCAGCCAAAGAAAUCCCCGGUCAACAGAAAUUGGUUGAUUGGGGAAAAAAAAGUACCAUCUUGUAUUCUCUAGAUGAGCUAAAAUGGCCACAGAGCGUGCUGGCCCUGCUAACCGUAUUAGCCUAAAAACUUUCCAAAUGAACUUACAGUAUUUGCAGCAUAUGAACUUAUUUUAUUGAGAAUGCUAAGAACAGACUCCAGACCAGCGUACCUAUAAUCAUUUGAUUUCUAAAAAUACACAACAGUUGAGUCAAGUUACUGUUUUUAGAUAAAAAAUACUAUAAAAUGCACCAAUGAAUUCUUUUAAUUUGGAGUUAAUGCUCUGUCACUUCCAAAUAAGUCAGACCAAGCUUCUUUCUGCCACCAGAAAUCAUAGAUUAAUUAUGGAAUAUUACUGAUGAAGAGCUUUUCAUGUUAUGGAAGUAACACCAGUGAGAAUUUGGUUGGACUGAACCAACUAGUCCAACCCGAACACCAAGUUUCAGUUUCCUAACUACAAAACCAAAAUGAUUAAAAGGCCCACAGUGUCAGGUGUUCCUCACAAAAGAUAAAUCUCUUUGUCCAUGCAAGCACCUCUUCUCAGAAGUCUAAAUAUGACACCUCAACAGAUGCAUUAAAUAACCGACUUAAUACUCUUUCUAUCAUCAUACGUUGUACUAACAAGUCUUGAGUGUCUAAAAAGCUUUCUUUUCUUAUUAUUUGCUUUCUAAUGUUGCUAUCAGAUAUGAAGAACAACAUAAGGGAUCUUAGAAGCAAAUCAGUCUACAGGUUCCUUUGGGAGGGAACAUACUGUGUUUAUUAUUCUGAUCUGGGGCAAAUUGUAGUAGAAAAUAAAUCGAAACCGUUCAAACUG